GUAGGAUGCUGGUGUAUGCCUAAUGUUAGAUUGAGUGAUUACUCUAGACGUUUGAGUGUACUUCUACUUGUGAGUCAUAGCAAUGAUGGCAAAAGUCAAUGGUUAUUCCUGUAUAUGUGAGGCUGUCAUAAUAUUUCUGAUAGCCAACUCAUGUAUAGGCUUUGAAUUAAGAAUUUCUAAUAGUCUGCUGUAUCAGAUUACAUUAAAUGGAUAUACAGACGUUACCCAAAAAUUUAUAGACUGCAUGAGAGCAAAAGAUUCUAGAUCAUGUAACAUCUAUGUACACUACUGGAAUUCGUGGUAUAUAGACAGUGUAUACAAAGAAACUGAUGUUGAAACAACAGUGGCACCAGUUUAUUCAUGUUCAUUGAUAAAGUAUAAUAUGUAUUACUCUUAUUACUCUUAUUAUUAUGUUGAAUGUAAACGGCAGGAAAGUAUAGUUUGUUAUAGUUACUAUGAUUGUAAUGUACAGGAAUUGUUUCGUAUAAAAUGGAAUUAUCAGAGUGAUUUUUUAACGGAUACAAAUUUGUCACAAUGUCUAUACUGGUCUAGGUGCACGAGCUAUGCGAACAUAAUCACCGCCGCUAUCACAGAUACGACGACAACGUUGUCAAGUACAUCAACCUUAAAAACGAAACCCACAACGUCGUGGCAAUAUGUAACAACAGAGAGACAAUACAAGACACCGACGAACAUAAGCAGUCCUAAUAAUUGGAAUUCAACAAAUUCUUCUGAGACUGAACACUCAUCAAAUACUACCAUAAUUAUAAUAGCUGUAAUCAUUUCUGUUUGCUUAAUUGUAGCUACAGUGAUUGUGGUUUAUUGUUUUCUUAAAAGAUAUCGUUUAAAAAAUACUACAAGUGCAAAUAUUUAUGUGAAUGAUUCCACUGUCAACAACAAUCAAUUUAUUUCCAUGAAAAGCGUGGCGCCAUCAACGUUAGAAACAGUCUCUGGAGAUAUUGAACAGCCUUUUCAAAAUAAACACAAUGAUAAUACAAGUAAAGCUUAUUUUAAUAUUUUUUUAAACAAUAACAGAGAUGAAAAGCUAGAAAAUUCCAUGAGCUAUGAAGUAAUACCCGUGAAUGACGGAGUCUAUUUGAAUACAAGCUCUUCUGAUGUGAUUGAUAAAACCUAUUCCAGACUCGGGGAACAAGUCAGAGUUAUAGCAGAUGAUUACAAUAGUCUGCUGCCAGAAGACGAGCACAGUAAUAGAUUCAUAGAUUCCACCACGAUUCCUGAAGAAAUGAAGGAUAAUGCUAGUAAUAAAACUGAGAAUACAGAAUAUGCCUUGGUAAAAGAUACUAUGUCAAUAACUGAUACACCAACUAACCCUUAUUCUCUUGCUAAAGUUGUUAGUACUUGAUACUGCGAUUACCAGAUGUUUGGCUUCCUAAAUCGGAAAAAAGGAAUACAAAACUUUUACAAAAAGUGGUACCUUUUUUCUUGUAAAUGAUUUCCAAUUACAUGACUGGUCCAAACAACUUUACAUUGUUUUCAACUAAACCUUAAUCCUUUAGGUACUGUAUACAUGACAAUUCAUUAUCCAUGAGUAACCCAAGAAAGGAAGACAUAUUAUUAUGGUAAUCAUACUGGAUACAUUUUUAUUUUUUGGCUUAAAUGUAAACACCUCAGUAGUGUGUGUGUUUUGAAAAAAUAAUUUAAGAAAAUAUAAGGUAAAUAUAUUUAUUGUGUAUCAGUAUUACAUAUUUUUUUAUCAUAAGCUAAUACUGUAUGUAUUUUUUUGCAAAUUUAAAUAAUGUGUACUCUCAUUCCACACUGUAACUCAUUCUAACUCCCUUGUGGUUCCAACUUUAAAAAAAAAAAUCAAAUGUAAUAUCAACUGCCUCUGUCUGUCUGAUGGUUUUGGAUAUAACAAUAAAGCGCAUCCCAUUAGAGAAGCUUUUAUAAAAAGGGAAUUUUAUAUUUUACAUAAGUUCCAUUUUCAGCUAAUUACAGGAAAUUCUCUAUGUUCGGAUGUGAAACUAUACAUUCAUUAAACUAUACAUCAAAGUAUAUGCAUCUUUCGAGCUGGAGUUUUCUUGAUGUGGCCAAUGAGUUGAGAAUUUUGUUCUCAUUAAUAUUCACAUACCUUGAAAUUUUAAAGAAAAUCGUUAGAGCCGUUUUCGAAAUAAAAUGUAAGUAUGUACAUACAAGAAUUGCUCGCUUAAGAAUAUAGGAUAAAGACCAGUCGCUAGUAAGUUGUAUAGCAAAAUCAAGUUCCGAGAUGGAGUACAAGAGAAAAAUAUAUCUAAUCUGGGUCAGUAGAGUUUGUACUGAUCAGAAGAUUGUUUUGUUCGCGUAGUGUUACUAUUUUUUUUUUACUGUAAACUUAUUGAUCAAGACACUUACAAUAAAGUAUUCAACAGGUGUAUAAAUAAUAUGAACGUUUAAUCCAGCACGAGAACAGUCUAGUCUCCUGUCUCAGUCACCAGAAUAAACGAUGUUCAUCCUAUAUAAAUCAUGUGAAGGCAGUCACCUAAAGUGCGUCUCUAAACAAGACGAUCAGAAUAAAUAGCGUGGUAAAUCAACGUAGUAAGCUUAAGACAUUUUUAGAGACAUGAUUAAAUCAGUGUAAAUAGUGCUGGUAUAGAAUUAAUUUUCGUAUUGAUUUUAUUGUGUUUAAGAUUGUGAACUUAAAUUAUUUCUUUUUUUUCCCCUGGGACACCUAAUGAUUACUUUUACAAAUUUAUAUUUACACAUACAUUUCAUGUUUGUUAUUUUUUAAAUUUUAUUUUGUUGUUUUUUUCUAUAGCUGUAAAAUCUCAAUAAAAAAAAAAAGAAAA